CUCUCUCCUCACGUUCACUCCCUCCUUUUCUUAUUCUUUCUCUCUCCUCCCCUCCUACUCCUUUUAAGGCCCUUCCCCAUUUGCCCACCCUCUCUCUUUCUCCUCAACAAGCAUCCUUCCUCCAUUUUUAAUUUCGUUAGAAAUUUGAGCAGAGUUUUGUAGCUGAAGAAGAACUAGAUAGAAAUUUUUUAGAGGGGGAGAGGGAGUUUUGAAGAAGAGAACUUUUCCUAGUGAUACUAUGGCUUCAAAUGUGUACGUGGAUGAAAAACUUGAGAUGAUGUGCGAGGGGCUAUUUGACAAUAUUGAGGAUUUGUUGGAUUUUUCAAGUGAUGAUGAAUUAUUGGGAAUUAAUAGUGGUGACAACAACAAGGAUGAUGAUAUUCAUAUUUCUCAAGCUACAACAUCUUUUCCUAAUUCAGGUGAAGGAAGCCGAGUUACAACCGCUUCCGAGGAAAACAAAGUUUGCGAAGAAAUCGAGGGUGUGGAUGAUUGGAUCACGAAUUUUCUAGACGACUCCAAUUUCAAACUAGAUUGUUUUCCCGCCGCCACCCGCAUCAUCGCCGAGAAGGACGCGGCCAUUGUUUGAAUCUUUCAGUCCGGUCUCGGUUGCGGACGAGCCGAACAAUGUCAGCGGCGACAAAGGCGGCGGCGGCUCGUCGUCGUCGUCGUCGUCCUCCUCUUCCUCCAGCUCCAGCACCAGAGCCAGCGAGAUGAUCGAAACUGUCUCGCUGGCCCCCGUUGGCCCCACCAUGAUGCUUGUCCCCGCCAGGGCCCGCAGCAAGCGCCCGCGCCGCGCAGCACCGGCCCACGUCACCGUCCCGAUAUUACCGCCAUCCACCGAUGGCCCGCCGCGCCAUCCCGACGCUACUCCCGGAAGCGGAGAGCUUCGGCGAGUCAUUUCCGCCCCCGUGAUGAAGAAAAAAGAAGAAGACGUCUCUGUCCGUCGGCAGCGC